AUGAGCUAAGACAGUGCUAAAGAAAAUAAUGUUCAAAAAUAAAAUAUUUCUCUUUGCAAAAUGAAAAAUACGAAAGAAUUAACUAAAAACUAUAGAGAAAAUAAUAAAUUUUAAAGCAUUUAUAAUACAACCAAUGCCAAAAAUACCUUAUUCUCAUCAAAUAAUUUUGAAAACUUCAAAUGCUUAUCUCCUAAGCUUGAUUAAUUAUUUAACUAGCAAAAAACCGAUUUCUAAGAAGAGAUCUAAGAAAUAAAUAAAGGCGCGUGCCUAAGCACUUAUAAAGAUUUCCAUGGGAAGGAGGAUUUAAAUGCUGACAUUCAAGAUUAUGAUUCUUAAUAGACUAUAAAGCCUAUAAACAGCUUUAUUGUGAAAAGCUUUUCAUAAAAUUUAGAAGAUGGUCAGGACGAUAUAAAUAUCUAAUCAAUUUUUACUUCUAAUAAUCCUGAUUCACUCUAAAUGAGAGUAAAUUAUUCUCAAAUCUAAAAAUCAGAAGCAUCAACAUCAACAGAGACAUCUGUUAGUUAAUCAAAGAGCUUUUUUGGUGAAGAUUAAGAUGAAAGAGAAAACAGUUUAAAAAUCUCAACUUAAUAAAAAGUUGUGAAAUAUUAAUUGAGUGGCCUAAAAAAUUCUCUACAUAAAACGGUUAUCUUCUAAGAUCUCCCCUAGAAAUAAUCUGCCAGCGCCAAUUAAUUUUUUUAAGAUAGAUCUAAAAAACCAAGUAAAUCAAUAUUGAAAAAAUUUAGAACGUUUGAAAUAAACUCAGAAUAAUAAAGGGAUGACUUAGAUGUAUUACAAGCAUUCUAAUCAAACAUGGACUUUUGUAAUAUUAAAAAAGAAGAGUUUAUCUAAAAAUUAAUUUAAAAUGAAGCAUAUAAAUCAAAAUAUUUUUUCAGUGAGUUUGCAACAAAAAUCUAUAACUCGGGGGAAAAGAAAAAAAAGAUAAUUUUCAUGACGCAUGAUUCCUUUUAUGUACUCUAAGAUCUCUUUAGCUAAAAUAAAAUAUAAAAAUUUUAUAUUUCAGAAAUUAAUAAAAUAAAAAUUCAUUCUGAAUAAACAAAUAUAUGCACUAUUGUUCUAAAAUAGAAGCUUAAGCUAAAUUUAUAAAUUUUACACUUGAAAGAAUUUCAACAAUUCAUUCAAAGCGUGUUUAAAUGCUUCUUAAAUUCGUCUAUAUUAAUAAUCUAAUAAAAAAAGCAAUAACUAAUCGAAGAAUAUACCAAAAUUAAUGCAAAUAAUAAUAAAAAAUCAUAAAUAGAGUCGUUCUUGGAUAGCUAAAAGAAAGAAUUUUACAUAAAUAUUUAAAUAAUAUCAAGUGUUAAUUAAUAAAAAGAUUUUAAAAUAUUAGGAUUACUUUAAUUCCUUUCAAAUAGUAUUUGUAUUACAGGAUUAGAGAAAUUUAAAGACUUAAAUAGACUCUAAUAAGUAGAGUUAUUGCAUAAAGACUUAUAAAAAAGAAGCUUUCUCUUUAAAUCAUUAAGAAACGCAGACCAACAGUUUCUAAUAAAACUAUUAAAUGAUGAAGAGUUUCCAUAAUUUGUAUAAUAAAUAUAAAAUGCAGUAAGCUAAGCUAAAUGA